CUUCAUUUUAAGGUCAGUUCUUGCAGACUGCUUGAACAAGCAACACAUAUUUUAAGGAACUUCACUUCUCGGCACAUCUUUCAUCUGUCGUCCUCGAAAGACCUGCAGAAAAUACACGAAGAUGGCUACAGCUCUGACUCUCCUUCUCAUGGCCUGUCUGCUGCAGAUAAUCCACAAUCACCUAUAAAAGGAAACUUGAUAGGAGACUUAACAAAAAGAGACUGCACCACAACCCUGAACAACAUGAAACCUGAAGACAGCAGAAAAUAUUACCUGAGAGUGGAAUGUAACAAUCCCUUCAAAAUGAAUUUCAUUUAUCAAAAACUGGAAAUUUCAGUCAAAGAUCAAAUCACACCGACUCUGACUCCGUCUACACUGGAGGUGAAUGAUGGAACCUCAGUGACUUUGACAUGCUCUGCUCCAGCUCCUUGUCCGUCUCAUCCUCCAACUCUGACAUGGACUCCUGGCCUGGGUGUCACUCAGGAGACACUGCGGGAGAAUCAGGACAAAACUAAAGUCAAGACCUCUGUUCUGACCUUCACUGCUACUCAACGCCACCACGGACAGGAAAUCUCCUGUACUGCUGUCUACAACCAACAAGAUGGCAGCACUGAGUCAUCUGUUUCCAGACUGACAGCUGAUGUUUCAUGUCCUCAGUGUACAGAUUCUGUCUCUAUGCCGCAGACUAUAAAUGUUCUGAGUGGAUCCUGUGUGACCAUCCCCUGCUCCUUUGAUGUACAGGACACAUUUAGAUCAUACUUAGAUGAAACAUGUAAAGCAGUGUGGAAAACUGAGCUAGAUGUUGUUGUGUUUGAUAGCAGUAAUCCACAAUCACCUAAAAAAGGAAACUUGAUAGGAGACUUAACAAAAAAAGACUGCACCACAACCCUGAACAACAUGAAACCUGAAGACAGCAACAAAUAUUACCUCAGAGUGGAAUGUGACAAUCCCUUCAAACUGAAUUUCAUUGAUCAAAAACUGGAAAUUUCAGUCGAAGAUCAAAUCACACCGACUCUGACUCCGUCUACACUGAAGGUGAAUGAUGGAACCUCAGUGACUUUGACAUGCUCUGCUCCAGCUCCUUGUCCGUCUCAUCCUCCAACUCUGACAUGGACUCCUGUCCUGGGUGUCACUCAGGAGACACUGCAGGAGAAUCCGGACAAAACUAAAGUCAAGACCUCUGUUCUGAACUUCACUGCUACUCAACGCCACCACGGACAGGAAAUCUCCUGUACUGCUGUCUACAACAAACAAGAUGGCAGCACUGAGUCAUCUGUUUCCAGACUGACUGCUGAUGUUUCAUAUCCACCCCAAAGCACCACAGUGUCAGUCAGUCCCCCUGGUCCAGUACCAGAAGGCAGCACUGUGACUCUGACAUGCAGUAGUACUGCCAACCCAGCAGUGAGGGACUACACCUGGUACACAGCUCAGGGAGGCCAGGAGACUGUCAUGGGGACCGGACAUGUUUUACACAUUCAAGCUUCUAAAGUCAGUGUUCCUUUUUUCUGUGAGGCUGAAAAUGAUCUUGGAGCUGGACGAUCCACCAUCAGUCAAAUAGAUGUUCAGUAUCCACCCAAACACACCACAGUGUCAGUCAGUCCCUCUGGUCCAGUACCAGAAGACAGCACUGUGACUCUGACAUGCAGUAGUACUGCCAACCCAGCAGUGAGGGACUACACCUGGUACACAGCUCAGGGAGGCCAGGAGACUGUCAUGGGGACCGGACAUGUUUUACACAUUCAAGCUUCUAAAGUCAGUGUUCCUUUUUUCUGUGAGGCUGAAAAUGAUCUUGGAGCUGGACGAUCCACCAUCAGUCAAAUAGAUGUUCAGUAUCCACCCAAACACACCACAGUGUCAGUCAGUCCCUCUGGUCCAGUACCAGAAGACAGCACUGUGACUCUGACAUGCAAUAGUACUGCCAACCCAGCAGUGAGGGACUACACCUGGUACACAGCUCAGGGAGGCCAGGAGACUGUCAUGGGGACCGGACAUGUUUUACACAUUCAAGCUUCUAAAGUCAGUGUUCCUUUUUUCUGUGAGGCUGAAAAUGAUCUUGGAGCUGGACGAUCCAACAUCCGUCAAAUAGAUGUUCAGUUUGUUCCAAAGAUCCUGCCCUCAUCUGACUGCACCAAAACUGCAGACCAGCUCAACUGUUCCUGUGAGACUGUGGGAAAUCCUGCUCCCACUUUACAGUGGUAUUUGGACGGGCUACCUGUCAAUCACUCUGACAAGUUUGCAAUCAGCAGUGAGUCUCUAAAUGACACAGGUCUGAGGAUCAUCAUCACUGUGAAUCAACCACAAUGGAGGGAUCUUUCCACCUUGCUCUGCCGCAGCUCCAACUCUUUAGGAUCUGUGACUCAGCGGUUUCAUUUCUACAGCCUUGAAUCUCCAACAUCUGCAAAAAGUCACGACUCAGUGAUGCUGAUAGUCUUCAUCACCACAGUUGUCGCGCUGCUUGUACUAGUAUGUGCUCUGCUUUUAGUGAUCAGGGCUCAGAAGAUUCACUAUAAUGCUCUUAAGAGCACAGUAGCCAUGAGCCAACUGGAGACUACAACAGCUGGAGAGGGAAAUGAGGUACCCAACACUGAAGCUGAAGAUAGCAUUUAUGCCAACACCAGUAGGCCAACGAGUGCCAACUUGCCAAACUCUGGAGCAAACAACGAAGAAGGACCGACUGAAAGCUCAGAAAAGAAGAAUGAGGAAGGCGCCAAUGUGAUUUACUCCAGCGUGAAUUGGAAGACCAAAAGCAAGAAGAAGAGAGAAAGCACUGUGGACAUGGACCAACCUGGUGGUUCUUAUCUUGAGGAAGAGAGGUGCAUGGUGGAGGUCACACGCAAAAAUAUUCUGAGCAAUGCACUGGAGGUGGGAAGCCUGUAUGACAACAUGGGGCCUAGAAAUGUGAACAAGGAGGCUGAAUGUGAAUAUGCCCAGGUUACAUUUAAAAACAAGAGUGAUAGGCACAAAUAGAUCAUAGUUCUAUAUUGCUGGUCCUAAAAAUAUCUUAUUUGGCCUUAGAUUUGUCACAUACAAUUACAUUAUAAUACAAGAUUUUAGCAUUGAGGAGCAAUAAGGCUAAAUGUAUGAUUCUAUUGAGAAUGAUGACUAAGUUUCCAGGCAUUCCUGUAACCAUAGUAACUCAUGGCGCCAGAGAAGGUUACACGAUAAGAGACUCUCCAUGCCAGACAUGUUUCUCACGUGAUGACAAGACUUUACAAACCAAAUUGAUCAUCAAAAUGACAAUAGUGGUCUGUGAGAUGAUGCAGUCAAAAAAAAGACACAAACAGCACAGUACAGUACCAUCGUAUAUUCAGUGGGGAUGCAGUUGAAGAUGUUUGAAGAAAAAACUCCGCCGACACUGCCUUAGUAGUAUAACAAAUUUAUUACAAUAAGUUCAGUAUCGUAGCAAGUGAAACGUUACUUGGAGAGCCCCUGGCCGAAUGAUGAGAGACUCUCCUGAUCUAUGCGGGACAAGCCCUUAUAUACGGUGGAGAUUAUGCCUCCAAGACAUGCAACUAAAAUAAACAAUAGUAUAACUCGUGUUAUAUAAGAGAGGGACAGAGAAAAAGAGAGGCCCUUCUCCCAGGAUGCCC